AUGAGUAUUACAAGUGAAGAGUUAAAUUAUUUGAUUUGGAGGUAUUGUCAGGAGAUGGGGUUCGAGGUGUCUGCUUUGGCACUUCAGGAUGAGACAAGGGUCUUGGAAUUCGAUAAUAAGUAUAAGGAACAUAUACCUCUGGGGACUUUAGUGAACUUGGUUCAAAGAGGUAUAUUAUUUACAGAAAGUGAAUUUUUGGUUAAAUACAAUGGUAAGAUCACACCGAUAGAUGAAACUCAUUAUUCACAGGAUUUCAAUCUAGCUCAGGCAUUGCAAGUUGAUAAAGAGAAGUAUCCUGAAAUAUCAUCAACAGGUAGAUUUUCAUUGGAAAACGAUUCGUUUGAAAAGGCAAACAAUGAGAAUGUAGUGGCAGAGAACAAUAAAUCAGAUGAAAACCAAAAUGAUCAAAGUAUAUCGAGAGAUAUAAUAACAAAAGUUCCCUCUCCGGUGGAUAGCUUUAUUAAAACAUUACCUGAAGUUUAUAAACUUGAUAGAAUUACGGUUUGUAGUUGGAAUCCUUCUGAUCCUUCAUUAAUAGCAUAUGGUGAAAAAACAUCGAUAGCCAAAAUAAUAACAGUUAAUAAUGCAGAUUGGUCUGUUGUAAAUUCAGUUGAAUUAAGGCAUCCGUUUGCAGCAAGUUCAACUACUAGCAAAGAUACCAAUGAAGUUACAUGUCUUGUCUGGUCUCCAGAUGGUGAACAAAUUGUAAGUGGUGUUGAAAAUGGUGAGUUAAGGGUUUGGACAAAAGACGGUCGUCUAUUAAAUGUUUUGAAUUUCCAUCGAUCACCAAUCAUCACAGCUAAAUGGAAUAAAACUGGAACUUUAAUACUAUCUUCAGAUGCAGACAAUGUAACUAUCCUAUGGAAUGCAGAAACAGGAACUGCAUUGCACCAUUUUGAGUUAAAAGAGCAAAGUUCUUCGACAGAAUCUCUAGGUGUCGAUUUAGAAUGGGUUGAUAAUGAGAAAUUUGUGAUUCCAGGAUUGCAAGGUUCAAUUGUUGUAUAUCAAACAGAUGAAGCUAAACCAUUAGGAAGAUUACUUGGUCACCAAAGGGCUAUAAGUGUUUUAGAAAUGAACACAACUAGUAAACUUCUGCUGAGUGCAUCAGAUGACCAUACGAUCAGGAUCUGGAGAGGAAAUAGUAGUAAUCCAAGUAAUUGCUUUUAUGGACAUUCUCAAAGUGUAAUAUCUGCAUCUUGGUUAAAUGACGAUAAAAUAAUAUCUACAUCAAUGGAUGGAUCAAUAAGAGUCUGGUCUCAUAAUACUAACACCUUAGUUGCUGUUUCCAUAUUCGAUGGUGUUCCUAUUUUUUCAAGUAAACUAUCACAUAAUAGAACAAAAUUUGCUGUUGGGUUCAUGGAUGGACAAGUGACCGUAUUCGAUAUGAAAUCAUUAUUAGAGAAGAUAGAUAAUAAUCAAAUAAAUUCAACUCCAACACCAAUACCUGUAUAUGGUAACUACCAGAGCAGUAAAGGUGGUGAUUGUGUCUUCGAUUUAUCAUGGAGUAAAGAUGAUAAAGCACUCUCUGUAGCAUAUUCAAUAGGGAACGGUUCAAUUAUAUCAAUAUAA